AUGUCAAAUAGAAAAAGUAUAUUGUUGACUGGACCAGAAGGUGGGACUGUAGAUAUUUUAAACGAGAAUGAAACUCACUCGAAAGAUGCUGCCAACACAAAGAACAGUCCAAUCAUGGAGUUAAGCAAUAGCGCUGGGGAUUAUUUCAGUGCUGGUGCGAACAAUGAGAGCAGUGGGGUGAAGUUUGAUUCUGAGCAAAUCGAAAACGAUAGGGGUCGUACAAGAAGUCGAAAUAAUAGGGAAGAUAGUUCGGGCACUGGUAAUUCUUUUAGUUAUUCUAGCAACAAUAAUUCUAAAUCCAGAAGCAGAAGCAGGGCCUCUAGUAUGGUGAGAGAUGAAGAAUUUCUAAAAUGGACAGUUUUAAGAAAGGAUCCUUCGAUGAGAUUAAAAUUCAGGAGGGCAAAUGAUGGAGCACACAGGGACCAUUCUAAUGAAGAUCUAGAAGAUGAUGACGAUGAGUACUUUGACGAAGAUGACGACGAGAUAUCGGAUGAAGAACAAGUUAGUGACCUGGAGAAUGAACUGGAGAUUGAUGAUUUUACAUUUGAUUUGGGGAUGAAAGUAUUACCCAAUUAUUGUAUAUCUAUAAACGAGGUUUUAGAAAGAAGUAAGCCGUGGAAAAGCGCGUACAAUGAGGAUUUGGUGAAGAACAAGAUAGAUCCGAACGCAAACGUAUUGAUCAAUGAGUUAGAAGGUGGGUUUGUGAAAGCCAUGGAACUAAUCAGUAAAAAUAACAAAUACGACGACGAUAUUGAUAGCGGGUCCGGGAGUUUCUCCAGCAACAGUGAACUGAACAAACAAGACUCCGAGCACCACGCUUCCACCAGCGCCACCAUCGCCAGCUCUAAUACAAACAACACCACGAGUAGUAGUGGUAGUAGCGACAGCGGCGAUUCUUUCAUUUUAUAUACAGACCUGUCGAGCGAAUCCACCUAUGCUUUGACGUACGUAAUGGGCACACUCGUCAAGAACAACGAUACAUUAUACAUUGUACAUUGGGAGGGAUCGACCACAUCCAACAACGACGCAAUGAAGAAGAAAAUGACUUCCAAUCUGCAGAAAAUUCGGGAGAACGUGAUGUACUUGAAUGAUUGCAACAAUUCAAUCAUCGACAGAUUAGACGUGGUGGUAAUUUCAAUGACGCACCCUUACCCGAAACAUUUUUUGAACGAGAUGAUAUAUGGCUUGAAACCCAAGAGUUUAAUUUGUUCACUGAAUAUAAUGUUAUCGCCAAGUGGCUUACAAAACUAUGUGUGUUCGAUCCCAGUGCUGGUGAUCAGGAAGAAGUUGAAACGAACAAGACGUAGAGGCAUCGAUGAAUAG